ACGAUCUGGGGGUGUUUGGUUAUGCCUGGGAAAGUUUGCUUACAUCGUCAGCCAUUGGAUUCUCCUGUGGAGAGGAGGAAUCGUGUGUAACGUUACAUGAGAACCAAACCAGGGUCACCUUUCUUGUUUUUACCCUUUUUGUCUCUUUCCUGAGAUAAAAGGUGGCAUCAUCAGAGCGCGUUUGGUGUUAGUGGGUCUUUGGCAGCUGAUGUUUCCACUUCACCUGCCUGCCCAAACCGAUAUUCAGCGACAGAUGACAGUGACAGGCAGGGUGUUGUUAGCUGUUCAGCGAUAAGAGAUAAACUGGGUGAAGGCGGCUGUCAGGCGCAGAUAAAACGGAUAUUAACGGUCUAAACUGGAAAAUGUAGCGUUAAGAAGCCCAGCAGCUGCUCAGCCAUGGACACGGUGCGUUGACCUCCCCGUGGAAAGGCUAACAUGUUUUUUUCCGAGUGGACUUAACAGUUCACACUGAACUGAAUCUCAUUGACCACUAAGGACAAUAGGCCAAUACUUAUACUUCCUGUGACUUGUUGUUGAGCUGUUAUCAACAAUUCAACUCGGACGAUGCAGCUCUUAAUUUGCUUGUCGAGGUGCUCGCAUGGAGCGCAUGUGUCCAAACUCAAGCCAACGCAGCCGAGGACGUUGUGGCUGCAGCACCGUCCGACUCCCUCAGCUGCCCUCCGGAGGAAGAGGCUGUCGACCGGGGUCACGUCGUCAGGCAGCCCGACACCUGCCUUCCUGCUCUCCUCUUCCGGCCCCUUCGUGUCUGUCUGGCCCUGCAGUCCACUCAGAGGUCUCUCCAUACUCCGUUCACACACACCGACAGGCCGACCAGUCACACACACACCUGUUGCCUUUGCCACCUCGUCAGCCGGAUCAGUGAAGACCCAGACGGACACGGAGAGCGGCCAAACGCCGACCACGGUCCCCCUGGAUGAUGUGAAAAGGAUUUUGCAACUUGCUCACCCGGAGAGAUGGAGCCUGGCAGCUGCUUUGGGCUUCCUAACGGUCUCCAGUGCUGUAACCAUGUCAGCUCCAUUCCUCCUGGGUAAAGUGAUUGACACCAUCUACACUACUGGAACGGACACAGAGACAAUGACCGCCUCCCUGACAUCAUUAUGUAUCAUGCUGACGGGAGUGUUCCUGUGUGGUGCGGCAGCCAAUGCUGCCAGAGUCUACCUCAUGCAGACCUCAGGCCAACAGAUUGUUCGCAAUCUCCGAGCCGCCGUCUUCUCCUCCAUCCUCAGACAGGAAGUGGCAUUUUUUGACAGGAAUAGGACCGGCGAGCUCAUCAACCGCCUCUCUGCUGACACAGGCGUGGUGGGCCGCUCCAUCACUGACAACCUAUCCGAUGGACUGAGAGCCGUCGCCCAGGCAGCUGCUGGCGUCAGUAUGAUGUUCUACGUCUCUCCCAGUCUUGCGAGCUUUGUGUUGCUGAUUGUUCCUCCUGUGGCCGGUCUGGCUGUAGUCUAUGGCCGAUACCUUCGUUCCAUCUCCAAAUGCACACAGGACGCACUCGCUCAAGCCACACAGUUGGCAGAGGAGCGUAUCAGCAACUUGCGGACGGUCCGAGCUUUUGGUAAAGAGCUGUCAGAAGUCAACGCGUACACACAGAAGACAGACCAGGUCCUCAGCCUGGCCCGGAAGGAAGCUGUACUACGAGCGGGCUUCUUUGGAGUGACUGGACUCAGUGGUAACAUCAUGAUCCUGUCAGUGCUGUACAAAGGAGGCCUCUUAAUGGCCUGCCAGCACAUGACGGUGGGAGAGCUGUCGUCGUUCCUCAUGUACACCUUUUGGGUGGGCAUCAGCAUUGCAGGUCUGAGUUCAUUCUACUCUGAGCUGAUGAAGGGGUUUGGAGCAGGAACCAGACUGUGGGAGCUGCUGGACAGGAAGCCUGAGUUUCCUCUAAAUGAAGGCCUUGUGCUUCCUCCAGACCAGCUGAAGGGUCAGUUGGAGUUCUCUGAUGUCUCCUUUGCCUAUCCGACCCGUAACGAGGCUCCUAUUUUCCAGAACCUCAGUCUGUUGGUCCCAGCUGGUACCAUCAUGGCUGUGGUGGGACCUAGUGGCUCUGGAAAAUCAACCCUGGUCUCACUGCUGCUCAGGCUGUACGACCCCGAAGCGGGUAUCAUCACUAUAGAUGGUCAUGACAUCAGAGAACUGAAUCCCUAUUGGCUCAGGAGUCACAUAGGAACUGUCAGCCAGGAGCCAGUGCUGUUUUCUUGCUCCAUAAGAGAUAAUAUUGCAUAUGGCGCAGUGGACCCAGACGCUGUGACCACAGAGGACAUCUACACAGCAGCCAGAGUGGCCAACGCCUUUAAUUUCAUCCAGGAUUUUCCUCAGGGCUUUGACACUAUAGUGGGGGAGAAAGGAGUGCUGCUGUCAGGAGGGCAGAAGCAGAGGAUAGCAAUAGCCAGAGCUCUGAUCAAAAAUCCUAAGAUCCUGUUGUUAGACGAGGCUACCAGUGCACUGGAUGCUGAGAAUGAGUUCCUGGUCCAGGAGGCCUUGGAGCGUCUGAUGGAAGGGAGGACAGUCGUAAUCAUCGCUCACCGUCUGUCCACCAUCCAGAAUGCGAACGCCGUUGCUGUACUGGACCAGCGGCGUAUUGCUGAGUGUGGGCAGCACACUGAGCUGCUGGGCAACAGGCAAGGGCUGUUCAGAAAACUGAUGGAGAAGCAGGCGUUUCUCCAAGAUGAGCAGCAACAAGCACUUCGCUGAGAGCACAGGGAGUAAAGACGAGUGGAUGAGGAAGAUCUCAGAACUGUAGGGGGCAGUGCCUGGGAAGAAGUGCCUUUGCUCCAGAAGGGUGGGAGCAGAGGGGGAAAAGAAGAACUAGAGAUGGAUACAAGCUGAAAGAAAGCUGAGCUUUCUACAGGACUACAGAUGGACACCAGAGAAGGAGGAGAAUGUAAACCAUUGAGAAACAUUAAAUGGGUUUUCUUCAAUGUUUUCUCUCUGAAGUGACUAUUUAGCACAACAUAGAGAACCAUUUGGACAUGAAACAGACCUCAGAACUGAAACAUGGAUGGAGAGUUCAUAGAGAUGCUAUAUUUUUUAACUAUCUAAUUCAACACUGAAUGAGAGUGAAAAUGAGAAAUGAUGAAUACACACAGGAAGCUCAUAGCCUACAUGUCAUUUUUUUUAAACCAUAGUUUUGGGAAAAAGCCCAAAUCCUGUUUUAUAUCGUGAAUGCAUACCUUAGUAAGUGUGCAGAAUGAAAAUGUGAUGGUUUGAAUGACUUUCCUUUUUUGUAGUUUGUUAUCAUGUCACAAUUUUCAUAACCAAACCAAAAAAACAGUCCAGUGUCAUGUAUACAAAACUGCUAAAUGUGUAUUUGUUUCCACGUAACAUUGAUUUUUAAAACUCGAAGCAUCCAUGCAGAGACUUUUUACAGUCCAUUUUGAAGCCAAAUGAAGCAGCUAUUUGUGUUGUUGGACUGAACACUCUGUAUGCACAUUUGCCAUGAAAAAUAUGAGUAAUCCUGUAAUUCACAGCUACACAUAUAAAAACAUUAUUUCCAAGGAUUUGGUCUCAGUUAAACACAUUUCAAUGGGAUGGGUUUGCCAAUAUGUUUAGGUUCAAUUCGUUUUUCUUGCUUUGCCCAGGAACAGCUCAUCUUCCAUCAAUCUUUAUAUGUCAAACUAAAUAAAAUGUGCACAGUUACUUGGGAAAUUUUAUUGAAGUGUCUAAACAGUGUCUUUUCUGGUAGUUCUGCUGUUCCCGGGGAGGGUGGGUGCAGGAGACAAGUCAUCAAAGUCAGAGGUCUUAUAUCUUGUCUUGUAAUCCCAGUCAACUUUCAUGGUGUAAAAACAAAAAAGCAACAUUACAACUUCCUGACUCAAAACCACAUGCAUGUUAGCACUGUUGAGCCAGCUUACUAUUAUAGCUGGCAGAGAGGCAUGUGAAAAGCCCUCUUCACUGCUCAGGGGAACCGUGGAGCAGAGUGUUACACCCAACAUGCAAAUAAGCUUAACUUGAAUUCAAAAGGGACUGUGGAUCGGAUGGUUUGCUUGUGAGAAACAACUAGAAGAGAAGCUCUAAUUUACAAGUGAUCACAUAACAUUUAAGUCAGGUCUCUAUCCAAAACUAUGUUUCCUAUAUUUGUAUUGUCUAUUUCAAAAAAAGAGGUCAGAUAGUAUGUUGGAGGAGCUUUCUGUCACAUUAAUUUGAUCUAAUUGCACCUGUGUGCAUUUCUCUAGGACUUAUUUGUAUGUUUUUUACAGGGGAUUUUUGUGAAUAUAACUCAGUGACGCACAGAGACUCUGAAACAGUGUCACAGUAACAACGGCAUGUUACAGACAUCUGAAUUACUCACUCUACAAUAUUUUAAAAAAAAGAGAUUCAUGAAUACAACAUUAGAAAGUUUGCAUGCUCUUUAUUUUCCUUUUGCUUCUUGUUAUAAUUUGAGUGAUCACAAAAUAUUUUCAUUUUUUCACAACAUGUACAUCUUCAUUUUGAACUAAAAUGUAAUUUUCAUAUGAUGCCUUGAACAUCUUAUGUCCAGACUUGUGUUGUGGUUCCUGUGUGAAAGAACAUUGGUGAUAUUACCAAACCCUUCCCAUUCAAAUUUAAUAGAAACAUCAUGUUUUCUAAAAGAUCUCCUCACCACUUACUUUAUAAAGUAAACACUGAAAGUCUGUGCAUUAAUGAUGGAUCCAUGUCAUAAAUAAUAUGACCGAAAAUUAUGUAUGAUAGAUUUUUUUAUUUUUGUGUUUGCUAAAUUACUAUGCUUCUAUGUAAAGGUAAAUAAAGUGAGAUAUUGAUAGUU